AUGCGCGCUCUUUUCUCUGUCCUUUUCCUGCCCGCCCUUGCUGCGGCAUCCAACCUCUACGUCUCCCAUUACAAUGGCAAUGUUUACUCUCUCGCUCUCACCUCCAUCCCUGGCCCGCAGGACCGCAACGAUGGUUCUGCCGCCGUCAAGUACACGCUGUCCCAGACAGCGGCGCUGAAGACGUGCGGCUCGAUGCCCAGCUGGUUGACGUUUGACGCCUCGACGCGCGUGCUGUAUUGCUCUGAUGAGAGUGGGAGCAGAACGUCGCCCGGCUCGCUGACGGCGUUGGCAGCUGCUGCGGACGGGAGAUUGUCGGAGAUCGCAAAGGUCGACACGAUCGGAGGUGGAGUGAAUAAUGUGAUCUACAACAGGGACGAUGGGAAGAAGUUUAUUGCCAUCGCGCAUUACGAGGGCUCCGCUCUAUCAACGUUCCCAUUGCCAUUGAGAUCGAACACGCAGGCUCUCCAAACAUUCAACUUCACACUCUCGAAGCCCGGUGCCGUCCCUUCGCGUCAGGACGCGCCGCAUCCGCAUGAAGUCUUCCUCGACCCGACGGGGACUUUCCUCCUCUCCCCGGAUCUGGGAUCGGAUCUAGUUCGCGUUUACAGGAUCGAUCCCAGCUCUGGGUCCCUGAAGACGUGUCCGGCUCUCAAGGUGACUCCCGGUACGGGACCACGACAUGGAGUCUUCUGGACGCCGGGAGCAUCAUCACCGCGUCUCCUCAGACAGAAGAGAAGCCUUGCAGAGACCGUCCUAUACGUCGUAGGCGAGCUCGGCAACAAAGUCACGGCGUAUUCCGUCUCGUACGACAUGCAGAGCGACUGUCUCGGUUUCAACGAGACACAGGCCCUCUAUCCAUACCCCAACGGUACCGCUCUGCCCAGCAGCGCCACCGUAGCUGAGAUCAGGCUAGAGCAACCGUACCUGUACAUCUCCAUCCGGAGCGAUCACGCCUUCCCACCUAAUGACUCUCUGGCUACUCUCUCGCUGAACACCACGGGCGCGGUGAGUUUCCAGCGUCUGAGCUCUUCGUUUGGGACUGUCCCGCGCACGUUUGCGAUCAAUAAGCAAGGGGACUUGGUCGCUAUUGGAAAUCAGGCUUCGUCGAAUGUGGCCAUUGUGCAGAGGGAUCCCCAUACGGGCCAAUUGGGCGAUGAGGUUGCGAAUCUGGCUGUUGGUGAGCCAGGGACGGUGGGAGCGGCGGAGGGACUGAGCAGUGUGAUCUGGGAGUAG